AUGUUGGGCUACUACGCACCUCAGCAAGCUUACUAUCAGCCGUCUUACUACGCCGGCCCGAGCUAUAGCGACUAUGAAGAGGAGCAGUACCGACGAUACUUGCUCAGGCAGGAGCUCGAGCGACGUCAAGAGCAAGCGCAACGACGAGAAGCCUACCGGCAGCUUGUUGCACAACGUCAGCGACAAGAUCAGUAUGAGCGCGUACUCGCACAGCGACAACACGAAGAGCAGCUCUAUGCUCAACAAGAGCGACAACGCAGACUGAAAGCAGCCCAGCGUCAAGCUCCUCCAAGGGGCCUGAGGCAGUCUGGCUGGUUCGCACCGCUCGUCUAUCCUGGGCAGGUCUAUGACAUGCCAUCUGAUGACGACGAAGACGACUACACCUCCCCGGUCAACGUAGUCGAUACGCCACGCGCAAUGACGGUCGAGCCAGACAUCGAUCUCUCUGCUGCAAGCCUACAUGCGGAGCCCGUACGACAGUCUAGCACGCCUCCGCCCACAGACGCAAAGGUGGAAGAAGCUGUCCGGACGCUGCAGAAGCACUUUAGAAAGCAUGCAAGGACAAAGUACCACCUCGAGCAGCUCAACAGCCUGCGCGUGCAAUUACAGGCCCUCACAAAGGCAUUCAUCGCACCGGAAAGGAUCGAUUUUGCUGCAGAUGCCGAGGAUGAAUCCAUGCCGAAGCUGCUCUACACAUCAAACAACGCUUCCCUUCACGCUCACGAGGAUGCACUCGUUCGACUGCUCACACAGCUCGACGGAGUCUCCUCGGACGGCUCAGACAGAGUCAAGCAAGAACGGAAGAAGCUAGUCAAAGACGUCGAUCGCGAACUGGCACGAUUGGACAGUCUGAAAGCCGAAGCAUGGAAGAGACAGAAUGUAUAA